AUGUCCAGAAGUGCUGAUGCUUGGGGCGAUGAGCCUGUGCCUAAUUCUGGUUCAAUCGCGUCCACUUCCGGGUCUUCAGUCGCAUUAAAAGUCAAAAAGCCAACAAAACCCGUCGUACGCGACGAUUGGGAGGAUGACGAGGAAGAGGAAGACGUUGGUCGGUCUGUAGACGCGCAGAACAAGAAGCUUUGGGAGGACGCGAACUCGAGGGAAUACAGACCAAUGCCUGCAGUCAUUAUAUCCGCUGGAUCUUCGAGCAGCAGCUCUGCGCCUACACUCCCGCUCAACCAACCGCCGGCGAUGAAGAUCCUGAAGCGCCCAUCACCAUCUGUAUCCCCCUCUCAGUCUUCCUCGAACGCGAACGCAGCCUCUGCCGAAACAUUUCAAGAUCGUGAGGCACGAUAUCAAGCCGCGCGCGAACGAAUAUUUGGCCCGUCCAGUGAUAGCUCUCCUACUGAGGGCUCAGAGAAGAAGAAAAAUCCGUCUUCCCAGAAAUCUACAUCCCCAACCUCCCCUCCUCCUCCUGCCAAUAAGGUCGUUCGCGAACCGCGAGGUCCAAAUUCUGGCGGGAUUAGCGCCGGGAACCAGGGCUUCAAUGAGCGCAAGGCCAGACCUCCACCCAAUUCUUCUCCCAUUUCACCUGCGCCGCCCUUGUCGGAUGCCCCUGCACGCUAA